GCAAACAUGGCGGAGGUCAGACUGCUGUACGGAAGGGAAGCCUACAGUUUUGCACGAAAAACAUGUAGUCGAUACCACCUUGAAAGUCAGAUUAAGCAUAAGGACAUAAGGACCGUUGGAGUUUCACGGGAUAGUUACACAAGGGUAACACCACUGUCUGGUAGUGUUAACAAUGUCUGGGAUCGCUAUUAUCUUGGACUCAACAAAGAGUCGUGUCUUUAUAAAGGACAGAUUCAAAAUAUAGAGAAACUUCUACCUCGGUACCGAACAAAGUCCCGGAGGACUCUUCGGUCCGCUCGUGGACACCAGAGCCUCGGCUUGUUUUGGGGACAGUUUGUGUUCAUCAGAGCUUACAGCGACACACGAUCUGAGCCCCUUUACAAAACCAAAACAGGCUACUAUGACGUACUGGAGGUGUCACCCACUGCCACUCAGACCCAGGUAAAAACGGGCUACUACAAGCAGUCCUUCAUCUACCACCCGGACAGAAACGCCGCCAGCGAGGACGCCACGGUCCGCUUCGCUGAGAUCAGCGAGGCAUACACCGUGCUGGGCAACAAGGCACUGAGGAAGAAAUACGACCGGGGUCUGCUGAGUCAGUCGGACCUCAUCGCGACGGCCAGACCCUCCGCCAAGGGCGCAGGGAGCUCCGCCAGAGACCCCACCGAGGGCCAGCGGUCCGCGGUGAGCGUAGACAACCGAGUCUUUGAUUUCGACAAGUUCUUCAAGGAACACUACAGCGAGCAGCUUCAGAGAGAACGAGACUUCCGAGUCCGCAAAGAGGAGAUGCUGAGGAAGAAGGAGGAGACGAUCGCGGAGAAGAAGAUGGGCAGGAUGAUGGAGAUGGGAGUUGUGGCGCUGAUAUUGAUGGCGUUGGGUUUAGUGAAAAGUUUGCAGCGAGGAUGAAGAUCGUUCAGGUGGAGGAUGUUGUCCUUGUUUAGGAAUGCUGGACUCACUUGAAUCAUCACCAUUAACACUACAACAAACAACAACACUGCUCUUAAACACCCUCUGUUUUGACCCUCGAUUACAAUAAUGGAAUAUUGUGCAAUAUAAUUUAACAUCAUCCUUUGGGUCAAAGCCACACAGUGCAAUUAACAUCUGAACAAAAUGGCCAAAUUAUUAUUUAAAUCAGUAAUUAUCUGAUUAAAUAAGAUUAUCAACUUUGGCUUUUAUAAAGUCAUCUGUCUUGCAGAUUUCUUUAUUUUUAAUGACAAGUUUUGACGAUGGUUUCAUGUAUUGCUAUUUAUGAAACAUUUGUAGCAAUGUAAGGAAGUAAGGGAUGUGUGUAUCAGUCAUAUAUUGAGAGCCCCAUGCUUAUAACAAAAGGUGCCUUGGGAUAUAUUUAUUGUAAAAAUGAACACUGUUCAGAUGUUUAAUAAAUGACAUGAUCAAUGCCUGGCAGAGCACAGUGAAACAAAUGUUGCUCGAGUCUUUUGUUAGUCAACAUUACACCAACACUGAUUCACUGUAAACCUCAGUUAAAGAACUUUUCUGACACUAGCUGGUGAAAUAAAUAAUCAAAACUUAACCAAAGGCAUAGUCGUUCAGGAGUCGAUGGUUUGUAAAAUCCAUUUUUAAAUGUAGAAUGAACACAAACAUUUAGUGCAUUUAGAGAUCCACAGUUCACGUCACAGUUAAAAGUAAACAAGUCAUAUCAGUGCACAUUAAUAACCAACUCUGGUCAAACAAAACCCACAGUGCAUUACAUGAAGACAGUAAACGUAUUAAAUAUAUUAAAAGUGCUUGCAUAACAAAAAAGAAACUAAAAUCUAUCAAGACAAAUUCUAUCUACACAGCUUAUUAAAUUACAUUUUUUUUCUUUUUACUUGGUAGCUCACAAAACAUUAAGUUCAUUAUUAAAAGGCCAAUCUAGUCUUUCCAAAUGGCACUCAUAAAGUGGGACUGGGAUUGGUUGCUGAGGCUUCCCAUGACACCAAGCCAGACAUGGCAGGUGCGUGAUGAUUUGAAACGGUGUCACAAUGAUUCUCAGGAACACGUUAUCCCAUUUUUUAACACACAAAUACAAGCGCCGUGUUAACUUCCAACACUGAAUUUGUAGAAGUAUUCUUUGUUU